AUGUUCCAGCAUUUAUUUGGUAAUGAGAAGAGACGAGAUGCCCCCGCAUUUAUUUGGUACCGAGAAGAGACGAGAUGCCACCGCAUUUAUUUGAUACCGAGAAAAGACGAGAUACCCCGCAUUUUUUUGGUGCCGAGAAGAGACCUGAUGCCCCCGCAUAUAUUCGGUGCCGAGAAGAACCGAGAUGCCUACGCAUUUAUUUGGUGCCGAGAAGAGACGAGAUGUCCCAGCGUUGGAUUUGGUGCCGAGAAGAUACGAGAUGCCCCCACGUUAUACUGUAACGCCGAUCCUCUCGAACGUUGUCAGUUUCUAUUCAUUAUCUAUCUAUCUAAGUAUAUUCAUUAUCUAAGUCUAUUCAUUAUCUAUCUAUCUAUCUAUGUAAGUCUAUUCAUUAUCUAUCUAUCUAUCUAUUUAACUAAUCUAUUCAUUAUCUAUCUAUCUAUCUAUCUAUUUAAAUUGCUUUCUAUCUAUCUAUCUAUCUAUCUAAUCUAUUCUAUCUAUCUAUUAACUAAGUCUAUUCAUUAUUUAUCUAUCUAUUUAAAUUGCUAUCUAUCUAUCUAUCUAUCUAGUCUAUUCAUUAUCUAUUUAUCUAUCUAUGUCUAUCGAUCUAUUCAUUAUCUAUUUAUCUAUCUAUCUAUCUAUCUAAUCUAUUCAUUAUCUAUCUAUUUAACUAAGUCUAUUCAUUAUCUAUCUAUCUAUCUAUCUAUUUAUCUAUCUAUCUAUCUAUCUAUCUAUCUAAGUCUAUUCAUUAUCUAUCUAUCUAGGUCUAUUCAUUAUCUAUCUAUCUAUCUAUCUAUCUAUCUAUCUAUCGAUCUAAGUCUAUUCAUUAUCUAUUUAUCUAUCUAUCUAUCUAUUAUCUAUCUAAGUCUAUUCAUUAUCUAUCUAUCUAUCUAUCUAUCUCUAUUCAUUAUUUCUAUCUAUUCAUUAUCUAUCUAUUUAACUAAUCUAUCUAUCUAUCUAAGUCUAUUAUCUAUCUAUUUAACUAAGUCUAUUCAUUAUCUAUCUAUCUAUCUAUUCAUUAUCUAUUCUAUCUAUCUAUCUAUCUAUCUUCAUUAUCUAUUUAUCUAUCUAUUUAAGUCUAUCUAUCGAUCUAAGUCUAUUCAUUAUCUAUUUAUCUAUCUAUGUAAGUCUAUUCAUUAUCUAUCUAUCUAUCUAUCUAUCUAUCUAAGUCUAUUCAUUAUUUAUCUAUCUAUCUAUCGAUCUAAGUCUAUUCAUUAUCUAUUUAUCUAUCUAUGUAAGUCUAUUCAUUAUCUAUCUAUCUAUCUAUCUAUCUAA